AUGACUCGGGGCAACCAGCGUGACAACGAUCGGGCCAAGGCCCAGAAGAAGGCCGCCUCUGCGAAAUCAAAGAACACCUUGUCGGGCACGCAGUUCCAGAAGGCCAAGGAAGACGCCGCAGCCAUCAUGCGCGAGAAGCAAAGAAAGGCCGACGAAAAACGAGCCGCCGAAUCCAUGCAAACGCAAGGCAGAAGGAACUAA